UCGCUAACGCCUAGCUGACAUCAGAGCGGCUCGGUUAGCGGUGUUGACAAGCGGCAGCAUCGCGUCCGAAGAAGAAAUUUAAAACCAGCUGCUGACUUUAAAUCAUUUCCCGGAGAAGCACAGCGGCCUCACACGAGCCCCCCGCCCGGGCACAGCCGUCUGGUUCGUCACUCUUCCCUCUGAUGAACGAACCCCCCGGACGUCAGGUGGAAGAUGGACGUGUCUUCCACUGUGUAGCUUCAUCCUGUGAAUCAGGGGUAGGAUCCGUCGCUGCCACAUGACCAGCUCAUACCCGGUGCUCGACAUGAAGCCCGUCAGCUAUCAGAGCUUGCCGUCAUCAGUGAGCGGGGGACACCAGGAUCUGGCCCUGGAUCGCGUGUUGAGCGCCCCCAAGGUGAUGUAUUGCGAGAAGUGCGGGUUCGCCUCCAUGGACGUCGCCGUGUUCAAGAAGCACAUGGUCGAGCACAUGACAACAAGGUUUUACUGCUUCUACUGCAACGACGUCUCCUUCAGCGAGGCAGAGUUAAAAGUGCACCUGAAGCAGCACACGUCAAAGUAUCCGUUCACGUGUCCUCACUGCGGACAGGGCUACAUGCGGAGGCUGUGUCUUGUGAAGCACAUUGAGCGUCUUCACAGUAAAAGCAUCAGUCAAGGACCAGCAAAGCCCGGCAUGACUUUAAUUUCUCCCGUGCCUGUCUCCAGUGCCUUAUCAAGCGUGUCCUCUGCUGAUCCAUCACCACCUAGGCCAACUGUUAAGGUGACAGUACCUGCCCUGAGUGCACCUGUUAUCAGACUGGAUAGAGAUGAACAGAGAGGGAAAACACUGGACACUAUUAUAUCGAAUGCCGCUAAUGGAAAUACAGAACUUUUGUCUCCUUUGAAUGGACUCAUACAGCACAACAGGGCUCUAACUGUUUCUCUUCCGGAGGAGGUAACAAUCCCUGCAGGCUGCUUGGUCGAACUUGUUGAGGUAAAAACUGUUAAUGGGACAAAAGAGCUAAAACUGAGGCUCGUCUCUCAACAAGAAAACGAGUCUGUGAUCAAAGAUACAAGAACCACAGUUUGUCAGAGCACCACACUGGGAAAGCCUUUAACAUCCACAUUGAAUCAUCAGUCUCCCACAAUGAAGACGGCAAGCAUGGGGAUGUGCACAGUAAACAGGAAGCAGUGUGAAACAAAGACGGUGAAUGUGGAGCGUCCUGCUGUUGUCCCUGUCAGUAUUUCCAAAAACCUCCUGAAUCAAUCGAGCAAAGAAAAGAGUGGAUUCAAAAGAAAGUCACAAGAAAUAAUCAACCUGGAGUGUAACACAGUCAUUCCAAAUAAGAUUCCCAAAACUAUCCUCAGUCCUGUUAGAGAAGGGAAUAGUGGGAUGAGAGUUGCACAAAGAGAACCUCUAAAUGCAGCUUCUCCCACGGUUAUCUUGCCACGGCUUACCAACAGGUUGACUAGCACCCUGCAUCCAGACAGCAAGGCGACAAGUGUUUCCCAGAGAGCAGCGGAGGAGAGGAUGAAUUUAAUUCCAGAGCCUUCUAAGAGCAUCCCAGCCCAGAGAGCAAGUGACACUAAAAGCCUCCCUCGAAAUGGGUCGGUGGCUGUGAAGCUGGAACCAGGAGAGAUCCACCUCAGGAACAACACUGCCACGAAGAUAAAGAAAGAGGGGGUGGGCUUGAACCAGCAACAUGUGACAUCGGGGAGCGUUCCUUUGCCCGCAGCGUCCAAAGUGAAACCUCCAGCAAUUUUAUCAUGUAAGGAUAAUGUUGUCCCAAAUCAGUCUUUUCCAGCACACAGGACUCUAACUGAGCGCUCACAGGUCAAAACCUCUGUGCUUUCUAAUCAUACAAAGUCUAAGAUCUCAGCUUGGACCCAGGAAGUGAGAUCCCGUGAGAGAGCAGGAGAAGGAGAAGUGCCAGAACCUGAGAGCUUUCCAAUAAUUUCCUCUGUGUUUUCGUUAAGUCAACAACCAGGGGAGGUACAGGGCUCCAUUCAGCCGCUGGUGAUGGCUCUGCGUGGCAUUGUGAUGGAUAAAAGCAACAGUUCUGGCAGUUCACAUCCUCAAGGUCGCAUCAAGAUAAUAAACGGAUCAGAGCAGGUGAGGGAAGCGCCGACGUUGGGGUUCCGUGCUCAGGUGGAUGUAAAGGAUGGACCUGUCAUCCUUGACCCUUUACCUACGGAGCGGUGUAUUGACUCUGUGAAAGUAGAGGGGCAUAAAGGCGUUCAGCAUCCCCCGGCACUGACCAACCUCCACAUUGAAGUCAAGGAGGAAAAGAAUAUUCCUACUCCUACAGACACGCUUACUUCAAAAUCCGUGACGGAUCAGGGAUCUGUUUCUGAAAUUCCAACAUAUGUAGACGCAUCCGUGGGUACAAAAACUCUGCAGCAGGUGGACAAGACCGAGCAUGACAUCUCGAAGUUCCUCACUGUCUCUCUGAGGAGGGUACAAGUAGGAGUGUGGAAGAAAAACAGGAAAGGACUGAAACUAAGAAUAUCCAAAUAUAAGACUCAUCUACCUGUAAGCAGUGUUGCUGACUGUGCAGUUAUUUACCCGAUGCCGCUGAAGGAGGACCAACUGGUGAAGAGACCGGGCCCCAACCAGCCCGUGGUGGUGCUCAACCACCCGAAGCCCCGGGCCCCCGUUCAGGGACUGAGGGCGGACACUAUCGCCAACACAGGAGCUUCUGAGGUGGUUCCGAAAUGCCAAAUCUUAAAAAUGAGGCUGAGCAAAGUGGUGGGGCAGAAAUACGAGGUGAUGGGGUGCACUGUCCGAGUCUUUCCAUGAGUUUAGCUGACAAAGUUUCAAGAAGUGUACAUUUAUAAAGAAAAGACUAGUAUUACGAUGGGAAAACACUGAUUUAAAUUCAUGAUGUUAUAUGUUUGUCUGUAUAGGCAUGGGAUAUGGAUUGUUGAAGUGCAAUGCAGCUGUGACAGCUUUGGGGUGUUGGGACCAUCUGCUGUAGUAGAUUCAGUCAGUAAUACACAGAUGUUAAGAACUGUCUAAGACGGUUGAGAAAACAGUAGAUCUGCCAGAGUCGAGGCAUAAGCGCAUGCUGUUUAUUUAAAAUAUCUUAAUUUAUUUUUUUAGUUGGGUAGGUAAUGUCUCGUGGUUCUUGCGGCCCCUUUAAGAUGCGACUUGAAGUAGUGGUACAUGCAGCACACCUUAGACGAGUCUUUCAGAAAAUAGUGCCAUAUACAGUAUAAUCAAAGCCAUGAGUUUUGACAUUUUUAAUGAUGAAAAAAAAAUCAGUGGGUGACAAAAGGGAUUAUCAAGUCUUUGUGAAAUCAUGUGGGGCAAAGUAAUACGCAGCUAACAAAAUUAUACAUCGAUUAAGGUUUUAUUCAAGUAUUAAUUCCUCUUUUUCUGUUUUUAGUUUUCACAUUAACCGAGCAGUACAAAAGGAAAACAGAAUCCCUUUACUGUCGUCGUGAAUCAACACUACAUAUACAAACAGAGCACUUCACAGGCCUGUAAAAUGGCCCCAUUUCUGCAAUUGCGUCAGUAGCAUUCAAAUAUUCCACAUUUCUGUACUAAUAAUUUUGUAACUGGUCAGCAACUGGGUCACUACAUUUCAUUCAAAGUUGCCUAAAAAAUGUGGUUGUCCUUGAAAUGGCGGUCAGUGUUUUUUAAUGUGCAGCUCUCUGCAUAUUUGUAUACAUGCCGGGCUGGUUUCUUGUUUGGUGGUGGGUUCAGGCACUCUUUGCAAACUUGUAUUUGGCAAGUGCAACAUGAGCAUGUCAUAUUUUUCAAACAGCCAUCAAGUCCAUUUCAUGCAAAGUGCCCUGUUUUCCAGUACUUUGCUGAUCAUUCUUGAUGACAAAACUGAAUGUUUUUGACUUUCUCAGAGCCAGAGUCCUUGAAUGCACCGUUUCUGUGAGGCCGUAGCCUAAAAGUCACUAAUACACGUCCCA